CUGAAUUGUCGCAGCGCAUCCUUGCCUAACAGGUAUUCGAGCAAUCCUGACUUCAAUCCCUCCAAAUGGCGACAUCAGCAACUGAGUCUGUAUCUCCAAAACCUUUGAACCUUGCCAUAAUCGGUGGCGGCAUCGCAGGCACUAUUCUCUCCAUAUCCCUCACCAAACACGGCAUCCAACACACACUAUAUGAAUCCGCCGCUCAAUUUGGCGAAAUCGGCGCCGGCGUCGGGUUCCAGCCUACGUUCGUCCGAACCAUGGAGCUGAUUUCCCCAGAAAUCAAAGACGCGUUUCUGCGGUGUGCGGAAGCGCCUUACAUGGAGGAAGAUCCCAUAUAUUUCACAGUCCGUGUGGGAGAUUGUAAAAACAAGAAUGAGAGAGCUGUAGUGGCGAGGAGAGAUGGUCGGGAAAUCAGGGUUGGCGAGAAGGUGUUUGACUGGCCUGCGCGUCGGGGACCUGGAGGUGGCGUGCAUCGCGCACAUCUCCUUGACGAGCUUGUGAAAUUGAUUCCUGAUCAUGUACCCAAGUUCCGCAAGAGAUUGGUUGACAUCGAGGAAGCGGAUGAUGGUACAGGGGAUGCUGUACUGCACUUUGCAGACGGUACAACAGCGAGGCACGAUGCUGUGCUGGGAUGUGAUGGGAUCAAGUCGCGGACACGGGAGAUAGUCUUGGGAAAAGAGGAGGCAAAGGCCGUGUUCUCUGGGAAAUGUGCUUACAGAGGCCUGAUAUCAAUGGAGAAGGCGGCGGAGAUUCUGGGAGAGGAGACCCCCAAGACUGCACAAAUGUUUUGUGGGCAUCACGGACAUGUUCUGACAUUUCCAAUUGCGAAGGGUACGAUGCUAAACAUCGUUGCAUUUACGUCUCGUGAAAGUUGGACAAACCCGGAUUGGAUUGUUAAUAGCUCCAAAGAAGACAUCCUCGCUGACUUCGCGACCUGGAGUCCCGAUGUUAAGGCCCUCUUGUCCAGUAUUGAGAAGACUGAUAUUUGGGCGUUGUUUAACCACCCCUCUGCGCGGACAUAUAUCCAAUCGAGUCCACGGAUCUGUCUAGUGGGUGACGCUGCUCACGCUUCCACGCCGCAUCAGGGCGCCGGAGCGGGCAUGUGUGUCGAGGAUUGCUACAUCUUGGGCGAACUGCUUGGUGAAAUUACCGACGCUCACGAGAUCGACAAGGCCUUUCAAGCAUAUGAAGACGUGAGACGCCUUCGAUCACUCAAACUGGUCAAGACGAGUAAAGAAGCAGGACUUGCGAGUAGCAAAGAAGAUUCUUAG